AUGGGCCACAUCACCUGGCCCCCGAAACUCCUUCGCACGGAUGUGUUGGGGGAGGUGAAAGACACCUCCAACCGCAAAUUCACCCGCGACAUCGGCCGCGCCGUCCACAUCUCGCACAACACCUACUACGCCUUCGGGGAUACCUUCUGCCACGACGCGCGGGGGGGAUUCGUGGGCGUGACGAAUAAUUCCAUCGCGCUGUGUGAGGAUCCGAGGGGAGCGCCGUGUCGGAGUACGUAUUUGGGGGUGGGUGGGGAGAGGGGCAAGGUUGGGACGUUUGUGCCGCAUACGAGGGGCGAGGAAGAAUGGGAGAAUCAACCGGAGCACAAGGAGAAGAAUGAUCGGGUGACUUGUUGGAGUUUUGGGGGGAUUAUUGAGGAGAGGGAGGGGUGUGGGAGUGGGUGGGUGUUUUUUGAUAAGAUGUUGACGCACGGCGGGGACGCUGGCCAUCAUUUCGGUAUGGGCGUCGCGAGAGUUACUGUUCAACCGGACCGUUCGCUCAAAGUUGAGAGACCGAUGGGCGAGACGAUGGUUUUUGGUGAGGGAGAGCCGAAGUUUGGGAGUAUCUCUCACCUCUGCGACGAUGACGGCUGGGUAUAUCUGCUAGGCGCUCACGACCCAGCUCCUCAACAAUUCGACAUGCGAUGCCAUCUCGCGAGGAUUCGUCGCGACGCCGACUUCACCCAGCGCGGGAACUACGAAGUCUGGAUCAACACGCUCGAUGGCAAAGGUGCUUGGGAGAAGCACUAUAACCAUGUCGACGACUUGAAGAAGCUGCAAGACUUGGAUAUCCAAGCUCAAGGGGCCAUCUUCAAAGCACCCGAAUUCGCCCCCGAAGGCAAGCCAUACCUCUGGAUUGGAGUGAACAAGUUUGGCGUCGGGCACUUCUACGUCGGUGCCGCACCUGCAGUGACGGGACCGUGGGAAGUACAAGAUUUGGGUGAACUUCCACGAGACCCUGAUCCGUGGGACGGGAAGAGUUCAGGACCUAAAUAUGCGCUAUAUCCGAAUCCCAGAGCGAGCGACCUGGCGAGGGGCGAGAUGUUGUGUACGUGGACGGACGCGGCGCAGCUAGGUGGGAAGGUCAUAGCGGCGAGGUUCUGGUUCGAAGGGUCGUACGAUAGACCCCCUCCACCGCCUCCUGCUGAGGCCGCGGCAACGAACGAGAGGCGGAAGAGUGGAUUCGGGCAACUGGAGGAGAAGCUGAAGAGCAAGCUGGGGGGUUUCUUGAAGCGGUAG